AUGCAGGGCGAAGCAGGCCGGGAUGAGCAGGAGGAGGAGGAAGCAGAGAAGAGGAGGACCUUUGACCGGCUGACAGAGGCGGCAAGCGAGCUGCUCGACUUGGGGCAUGAAGACAUCUACCAGGAGACGCGGGAGACACUGGUGGUGUCUUUGAGCGGGGGCAUGCAGAAAUCGAGCUCGUACAUCUGGCAUGACGAUGGGCAGUCUGUACCACGCCAGCAUGACCCCCUGGAUCACAUCACCACAUUCAGGGACCUUCCCAGCACUGCUGGCAGGUCCGAUGGAGUUCCCUAUCGCAGAGCUGGGCUGGGCACCAAGCAGGAAGCAGGCCAGGAUGGUGCGACAGCAGAGCCGCAACCAGUACCACAGCCAGUGCCUGCGCCAGAAAGGGAGCCAAUUGAGGAGCGGAACAAGAGGCUGGCCGGCAGCACUGCAGCCAAGGCGGCAGCCGGCGCAUGGGAUUUCCGCUCUGGGGUUCACUACAAAUAUGACGGGCCGGGCGCCUCAAAGCCUGCCAGCUUGAAAGCACCCGAGCCGCAGCUCACCAGGACUGAGAGGCCGCCGCCUGUGCCCAAGCUGGCCCCUUUGCCGCCUGCCCCUGUGAGGCCCAUGGCUCCGACAAGUGGCGGCUACCCUCUGCCGCCGGCACAUGCAGCUUCCACCAGCUACUCUGCAUACCCACCCCACCCUGCUACAGCAUACCCCUAUGCCCCACCACAUGCGGGGCACUGGCAGCAGCCUCCGCCUUAUGCAGGAUACCCUCAGCCACCAAGCGUUGCUGCAGCCCCACCUGCUGCAGUGCCUUACCCAGGAGCUGAGUACCAGCAAUGGCAGCAGUACUCAGGAGCCCCCCCUCCUGCGUACCCAUACACCUGACAUGCAGACUGCAUAAUGCAGUACCUUGCGCGAUAGACUUGUGUUGCUUUCGCAAUAUUUCAAUUUUACAAGUUUACUGGGUGGUUCACAUCAGACCUAUAUAGGUACAGCGCUCUCAAUUGCCUGGCAACAAAUGAUAACAAAACCAUACAUUUCAGGAUAACUCACUCACUCCGAUGUUUCAUGAAUCUUGUUUGUAAAUAACAAACAGC